GAUUAACCGUCCGUUAGAAACCGGCGGUUCGAAACUGGUCGAGCAACUCUCUGGUGUGGUGUCUGGACGAUAAUCCGUAAGCGGAGUAAUUUACUUGUUUAAUUUUCAUAGGUAUUAUACAAGGGGCCGAGCGUGGCAGGAUCAUCUAAUCGCGAGAUUAACCGUCUUAUCGCUCAGACGAAAUUUCCCAAUCUCGCUGCUAGGGUUUAAAGGAAACCUCCUUUUCUUCGUGAAAAUUCGUGUCUGAAGUGUUAAGAUUUACUGUUUCCAGUUUGUGGUGAAGUAUAGUUAUCCGUUUCUUAUUGAAAUAUCCUGAAAGAUGCAAAUUCGCCUUAGCAAACCAUCCAGUGAAGUUGGUGCAAGCAUAAAGCAUGCACCCGCAGAUUCUGUCACAGUUGCAUGCCCCGAUCACCUUGUCCUUGCCGAUCUUCCUGUAGCCAAGAGCCUAGGGUCAGCAAGUGCAAAUGCUACUGUCAAGAUUGUUGGACGUAGGUCUCGUCGCCAGCUUGGCGAGCGAGUUCAUUUUUGUGUCAGAUGUGAUUUCCCUAUUGCUAUCUAUGGGCGACUGAGCCCCUGCGAGCAUGCCUUCUGCUUGGAUUGUGCUCGGAGUGACUCUCUCUGCUACCUUUGUGAUGAACGCAUCCAAAAGAUACAAACUAUCAAAAUGAUGGAAGGAAUCUAUAUAUGUGCUGCUCCUCAUUGUCUCAAAUCCUUCUUGAAGAGAACUGAAUUUGAGUCUCAUAUUAAUGAGAUACAUGCUGACCUUCUUCAUCCUGGCAAGGAAAAAGAAGGAAAUGAAACAGAAGCAAUCAGUAUCAGGAAAUCUUCAAUAUCUGAUUCUACGGUUCUUGCACCCCCACGACAAGUUUUUUCUCCUAAUCCGAAUACUCAGGUUCAUGAUCGUGAAGACAAAAUGCAGCGUCCCCUGUCAAGGGACCCACCGCCCACGAGGCCUGUCAUACAGUCAAGGCCAAUGCCAAUGCCUAUGCCUCCUUAUUCUGGCCCUAGUUAUCCAUCAGAGCAACAUCCUGAUGGGAAUCAACCUCAUAUCUACGAUAGAGCUGCUCUCCAAAUCCAGUUUCCCCAUCAAAAUUUUGAUCCCCCUCGUGGCUCGAGUGACCUACGACAGGAUUCAGUUCAUACAAAUUCAGUCAUUGCUCCGCAAUUUGGUUAUGGUCCUUAUGCAUCUGAUGGGACACAACAGUAUUUUGGUGCUCCAUAUGAGAUUGGAAGACAAGAUCCUACUCCUGAAGCUGGACCAGGAAAGGGACAGGGACAGGGUUCGGUGUUGGGUUUCCAGCCUGGCCCUACUGGAUCCAUGAAUUAUUCACAAAAUUAUCCUCAGCCAUGGAACAUGGUACCAGGUUCUGUGCCUUUGGAACCUCCUAUGGUACCCAAGGGCACUUCAGAUGGGUUUACCAAGCUUGAUCCUCAAGGAAGAGGAUUCUUCCAAGGUAAUUAUGGACAGAAUGUGGGAACCAUGCCUUCAAAUAAUGCUGCAGCAGAACAAAGGCAAGGGGGAAACUUUGUAGAUGCUGCUGCAAAGGGGUUAUUGUCAUCCCGACCCAGCCAUCUUCCUCCCCCUCCCCUAGGCCCUUCUCACUUGCCUCAAAUUCAGCGGGGUGGCAGGCCAUACUUUGGUGAUGGGAGUCAUGAACCACCACCAGGCUUUGGAUGGCAGUCCGACAGCCGAGAUGGAGAUAGCUAUGGAGGUGCCCAAGAUUAGGCUCUUCUUUGAGUUGCCUGACGAGCGAUGGUGUUGGAGAGAUCCUUUUGUUCCGAGUGUUGAACACUGAAUUACAUUGUUUUAUCGGCCUUAUUUCACAAGUGCAUUGCAAUUUCCUUA